GGGUAUCGUCCCAUCAAGUUGGGAGACCACCUGAAAUCUGGAAGAUACAAGGUGCUCCAUAAACUAGGAUGGGGAGGUUACUCGACCGUUUGGGGAGCAAGAGAUCAAAGAUUGUAUAAAACUCCAUUGGUGAGGGUAUCUCAUGCUAAUACUAAUGUCUAUAGAGAUAUGGUUUAUGUUGCUAUCAAAAUCUGCGUGGCUGAAAGAGAUAGGGAGAUACGAGAGCUUCAAACGAUGAAGAUCAUGAGAUCUUGUCACCCCCGCUUGCAGUAUGCGGUUCACAUGCUUGAUUCCUUCGAUAUACAGGGCCCGAAUGGAGAACAUAAAUGUCUUGUCUAUGGACUUCUUGGGCCUAACAUCCCUGAUACAAUUAAUACACACUUUCUAGCGGGAGGCUCCCUGGAAGACUCGCUAAAGCCAUGGAGAAUACGUUGGAGAAUUCUGAUACAUGAUGUGAUCCAGAUCUACAUACCCGCAACUUAG